ACAGCGUGGGGAGAAAGGUAGUGAGAUGCUCUACCUGGCCCAGCCCAUUCCCAACACCCAGCUGGCCUCCAGCCCAGCACAGCUCUGCUUUUCCUUUCCCAGGGGAAAUACAGUGUGCAGGGUUCAAGGGUAGCCUUGAUACUCAGCAGCCCCGGGGUAUCUGCGAUGGCAGUUGCUGCCCUGGACGGUGUGUCCCAGGCUCUGGGCUUUGAAAAUUGUGAGAAGAAGAAGGUCCCAGUCCAGGUGAGCAUUCACCCCGCAACCCUUAACUCUGAGCCAAAGCACUCACUUCUAGCUGGGGCCUCACCAGACCUUGCCUCUUUCUCCUAGAGCUUCCUUGAGGAGCUGAGUUUGUUCUGGGAGCAGCUGGAUGCCAAGAGGGGUGCUGUGGGGUGUGCCCUUGUGGUUUUGAUGGCCCCCAGUGGGCAGCUAAGGCGGCCACAGCUGCUGGUUCAGGAGCUGAGUCGCUGUGACGCCUUGCAGGGUUGCCCCAAAAUCUUCCUGUUGCUCUCCGGUGGCCUCAAGGCUGCCCGGGAGCCUGAAGCUUUCCUCACAGGUUUGGGGAGAAUCUGCAGCCAACAUCCUCACUGGUCACUGCUGCAGCUGCUGACGGAGGUGGGGGACCCAGAGGAAGGGAAGGCGGGCCCUAAGUCUCCCUGGCUCCCCAGGGCCAGUUACAGCUAAAUGUAUUCACACUCGGUUGCAUCUGUUCUGAAAACCUACACACAUGCAUGGGCUGCAGGACAUGCCUUCACACCUACACAGGACCACCCAGACUCCAGACUUCCUCUACACCCCACGCCUUUGCCCGAAGUAUUCCCUCGAUGUGCUGUGCCCUCCCUGGUGGCCUGGCCAGUCUCACUGUCGUCAGUGGUACCCUUUCAUGUGCUGCUAUCUGCAGUGAAACUUCAGUCUCAGCCUUGGACAGGCACGCAGGCAGCGACUGCUGAUCUGCUCUACUCAAAGGCCCCGUGGCUUAGGUUUGGUCCUGAGGUCUGAACAUCUUGUUAGGUAGUUCAGUCGUGUCUGAGUGGCCUAGAGGUGUAGAGGUGAGAGCUGUGGGCUCUCUGGCCUAGCACCUCUCCAGGUGAUGCCACUUGGGAGUCCUCCACAGGCCUGUGCUCCUCCAGGGAGGGCCCUGCCUCUGUGUGUAUUAACCCCUAGGGUGAGAUAAUGAACUUGAGUGUGAGUCAGAGCCUAGGUCUGGCUUACGUCCAGCCUGACCUCUCUCGUCCCCUCUUUCUCCCUGUCAUGUGACCUCUGAAGCCUGCAGCAGCUCUGAGCUGGCUAAGUUUCCCCUGGAGCCGGGAUCCUGACCCCUCGGGGUUGCAGCCCCACCCCAUCCCUAACGGUCCAGUUCUCUGAGGGGUCCCUGGGCCCUGCCUCCCAGCUCUUUUGCAGAGUGGCUGAAGAGUCUGCUGGGGAUACCUACUGCCCAGUCUUUAGGACCUCCUUGCGGGGGACCCUGUGUUUGGGAGAUGUGGAGCCCUGGAAGCCAGAGUCCGACUCCGGACCAAGUGCACAGUAUGACCUGUCUGGGACCAGGGCCGCCCUCCUGCUGGCUGUGAUUCAAGACCGGCUUGGGAUGCAGCAUGAUGUGGCAGCACUGGGGGACCUGUGCCAGGCCUUGGGCUUCAAGGUCACCCUGAGGACAGACCCUACAGCCCAGGCAUUCUGGGAGGAGCUGGCUCAGUUCCGGGAAAAGCUGGACACUCACAAGGGCCCUGUGAGCUGUGCCCUGGUGGCCCUGAUGGCUCACGGGGGGCCACAGGGGCAGCUGCUGGGUGCUGAUGGGCAAGGAGUACAGCCUGAGAUGCUGGUACAGGAGCUGAGCUGCUGUCGGGCCCUGCAGGGUCGCCCCAAGAUCUUCCUGCUCCAGGCCUGCCGUGGUGGGAACAGGGACCCUGGGGUGAGGCCAAGAGCUCUCCCAUGGUACAGGCGCUGGCUGCGAGCACCCCCAGCCCUCCCCACCCAGGCAGAUGUUCUCCAGAUUCAUGUGGAUGCCCCAGGCAGCCCUCCCUCCACUCCGGGAAGCUCUAGCCAAGCAGACAUCCUUACUGUCUACGCAGCUGCUGAGGGCUGUGUGGCCUAUCGGGACGAAGAAAAGGGCUCAGACUUUGUCCAGACGCUGGUGGAGGUCAUCAGAGCCAACCCUGGCGGAGAUCUCAUUGAGCUGUUGACAGAGGUCAACAGGAGGGUAUGUGAGUUGGAUGUGCUGGGGCCAGACAGUGAUGAGCUGCGCAAGGUCUGCUUGGAGAUCCGCAGCUCGCUCCGGCGCCGGCUCUGUUUAUAGGACUGACAGCCCUGCUACUUCCGAUCCACCCCCCUUCAGCACUCUGUCAUCGAUGCAGCAUCUUAGGCAUGGGAACUCGGAUAGCGUGCAAUAAAUAUCUGUUCACGAUCCUUGUGCUCCGGGAAAUUCAUGCUCUCUCUGCAAUAAGUGAGAUAACGGGUAAAGUACCUGGCAUUAGAUAGAGGAACAGCUGUGCUCCUGGGGACCAGAGGUUGGUUUGGGUCUGUGCCUCGCGUCUGAGACUACGGAACCUAACAGGGCUGGCCUGCAUAUGCUGGGAGCGGCCUAGGGAGAAAGAAGUCCUGCGAAGAACCAGCUCAGGGACCGUAGUUCAAUCUCCACCUGGCUCUAGGCACCAAAAU